AUGUUAUCAAUUUAGAAAGUAAAUAUUGCCACUCUUUAUAACAGAAAUGAAGAAUACAAAUCAUGCAAUAGAGAAACUGAUAGAGAAGAUGGUUCAAAAAUUUGUAUAUCUUUUUGUAGUAAUGAUAGAAAAGUUUAAAGAUUUAUUACAUUAAAAUAUAAUACCUAUAAAUGAACUAAUUCAUUUAUCUUGGUCAGGAGUGCCUAGUGAACUUAGAAGUGUUGUAUGGAGACUUUUAUUAAAAUAUUAAUCUCCAAAUAGAGAUGCAAAUGUAUUUUGGAUAAUAGACAUUUUAGUUUUCAAUUAUAGAGAGAAAAAGAAGUAUGUACUUUGAGAUGUGUGAUAUUUAUUUUGCUCAAAAUUAACAAUAUGAUGAAAGAGAAAAAAAGAUUUUAAAAUAAAUUUCUGAAGAUGUUAAACGUACAAUACCAGACUCUUAAAUGUUUAGAAAUCCUUAAAUCUAAACUUUGCUUGAAAGAAUACUGUUUAUAUGGAAUAUAAGAAAUCCUGCAUGUGGAUAUGUCUAAGGAAUGAAUGACAUAGUAGCUCCUUUCCUAGUUGUAUUUUUGUCUGAUUAUGUUGAUAUUGAAACUACUAAAUUAAAAUUCACUAAUGAAAAACAAUUANGGAAGGUAAAGUAAAGAUAUUUGAUAUAAAAUUCAAAUUAGUUUAUUUACUAUUGAAAA